GGGAAAAGCAAAUCUAUCUAUGGCUACUACUCCUGUUUCCUCCUUCCUAUGGGUUAUUAUCCUCUUUGGUUUUUCUGCAGGUUUUCUAUGCCCUUAUGCUCAUGAAGGAAGAGAGACUACAGAAAGCCAACACCUGCUUCUUCAUACGCAUACUGUUCAAGUCGACUCUCUAAUCCCAUCAACUACCUGCACAAGUACUGCUUCUAACGAAGGUCCUAAAAGCAAGGGCUCUCUAAAAGUGAUACACAAAUAUGGGCCAUGCUUUCAAAGCAAGGAAGAUGAAGUAGCAGCAGUUCCAAAUCACAUUGAAAUCCUCCUCCAAGACCAAUCCAGGGUCAAUGCAAUCAACUCCAGGCUUUCCAAGAACUCUGCCGGCAGCAGUAAAUUUAGGGACUCUCAGGCCGCCACCCUACCGGCUAAAUCCGGUCUUACGGUCGGCUCUGGCAACUACGUUGUCACCGUCGGCCUUGGCACGCCCAAAAGAGACCUAAGACUUGUAUUUGACACUGGCAGCGACCUUACUUGGACCCAGUGUCAACCAUGCGCCGGAUAUUGCUAUAACCAAGUUGACCCCAUCUUUGACCCUUCCAAAUCCACAUCAUAUUCCAACGUUACAUGCACGUCGCCAACAUGCACUCAACUCUCCUCUCCCACAGGAAACAGACCACGGUGCUCCCUUACCUCACAAUGCAUAUACCUCAUAGGAUACGGUGACAAAUCAUACUCAAUCGGCUAUUUCAGCAAAGAAAGGCUAACCAUAACACCGUUAGAUGUGUUGGACAAUUUCUUAUUUGGUUGUGGCCAAGACAACGAAGGACUCUUCAAUGGCAGCGCCGGGUUGCUAGGCCUCGGUCGUAACCAAAUCUCCAUCGUACAACAAGCUGCAAAAAAGUACGGCCUAUUCUUCUCGUAUUGCCUACCCUCCACACCUAGCUCAAUAGGACACCUCACUUUUGGAAAUGGCGGUGGAGUCUCCAACACCGUAAAGUUCACGCCAUUGUUGACACUUUCUCGAGGUGCGUCAUUCUACGGGCUUGGCUUGACCGGAAUAAGUGUCGGCGGACGUCAACUAUCGAUUCCAACGUCAGUGUUCUCAACACCAGGCACCAUCAUCGACUCCGGGACAGUCAUUACACGGUUGCCACCUAUGGCGUACAACGAACUGCGAACAGCAGUUCGAGAGUCGAUGCGUGGUUAUCCGAUGACAAGCCCGGUCUCAAUACUCGAUACGUGCUAUGACUUUAGCAAGAACAAGAGUGUUUUAGUUCCGAGCAUUGCCUUUUUGUUUGGUGGUGUGAGUGUGGAUUUGGACCAUGCAGGGGUGUUUUUCAUACUAAGCUCUUCGCAGGCUUGUUUAGGGUUCGCCGGAAACAAUGAUGCAAGCAACAUAGUGAUUAUCGGGAAUGCUCAACAAAAAAGGUUAGAGGUGGUGCAUGAUGUUGCUGGAGGGAGGAUUGGCUUUGGCCCUAGUGGUUGUAGCUAAUUGAGUCGAGCUAACAACAAAGAGAAUCGUUUGUGUUAGCUUGUGAUGGGAAUAAAUAUGGUUUUGGGUUUAAUUAGUGACUUUAUGAGUGGCAAUAAGUCUCUUAUAAAAUAACGUUGUAUUUAUCA